AUGACGCACAAGUCGGCGCUGGUGGUGCUUCUGGCGCUGUACGCGUGGCCAGCGCGGUGCGGCGAGCCAGUGUUCGACCCGAGCACCCUGAUGCGGCUAGUGCUGGUCCCUGCUGACGCGCCCGUAGGCUCCGUCAUCUACCGCGUCCGCGCCUCCGACCCCGACUUCGACUACCCGCUGCACUUCGAACUUAUAGGUCAAAUGGGCCGUCUGGAUGUAGGCAUAGAAACCUUGCCUUGCACGAGAUAUAAUUCCGUUUGCCAAGCCAACGUAAUUCUUCUCCGACGACUUGAACCGGGUCGUUACGUGGAUUUCCGGUUAUCUGUUCGCAACACCAGAGGGCGCAGUUCUCGUAUUGCGUGUUCCAUCACUGGAACAAAUGCCACUACACCCAGGGACACCAUUUUUCCUCAUCAGCCUGGCAUUAUAUUGGUGCCUGAGGACGCUAAGAGGGGAACGGACCUCGAGAUAGUUAUAGCGAGGAAGAAUCCACUGACGCCGAAGCCUUUAGAAUUGGAGCUUUGGGGAUCGCCGCUUUUUGCGAUUCGACAGCGCCGAGUAUCAACAGAAAAUACAGAAGGCACGAUUUUCCUUGUUGGCUCACUAGAUUUCGAAGCACAGUCUAUGUACCACUUAACACUAUUAGCGGUGGAUCCUUAUGCCGAAAUUGGCAAGGAUACAAGAAACAUAGCUGGUUUGGAAGUUGUAGUAGUGGUCCAAGAUGUGCAAGACAUGCCUCCUGUGUUUACAUCAGCGCCCCCUAUAACCCAUCUACCCCGUCAAGUGGCCCCUGGCGAUAUGAUUGUGAAGGUGCGUGCUGAAGAUGGUGACAAAGGUGCUCCCAGGCAAGUGAGAUACGGUCUCGUGUCUGAGGGAAAUCCAUUCACGCCAUUUUUUAACAUCAAUGAAACAACAGGUGAAGUAACACUAGAGCGUCCGAUCGAAGACAUCGCAGCAAUAUCGCAUGCUGGCACUCCAAUAUUGCUCACUGUGGUAGCAGAAGAGGUACGGUUAUCUCGAGAAGAACCAGAAGCCAUGUCGUCUACUGUACAACUUGCGUUUAUCCUUCCCGAACGCGAGAACUCGCCGCCGUACUUCGAAAAUCAAUUUUAUGUAACAUAUCUGGACGAGAACGCACCACAAGGUACGGCGCUAACAUUUAACGAUCCCUAUAUCCCACAAGUGAGUGACAACGACGCGGGAAAAAAUGGCGUGUUCUCGCUGUCGUUGGUGGGCAAUAAUGGAACUUUCGAGAUUGCACCAACGGUUGCCGAAAGACAUGCACAGUUCAUCAUCAAAGUUCGCGACAACACGAUGCUCGAUUUCGAAGCCCGAAAAUCAGUAAUUUUCCAGAUUUUGGCGCAAGAGCUAGGCCCAGCCACUAACCUAUCGGCAAUCGCAAAUGUUACAGUGUAUCUAAACGAUAUAAACGAUAAUCCUCCAGUAUUUCUGGCACUUUCUUACGAUGUGGAACUUCCAGAAAAUGUGACAGCUGGCAACAGAGUGGUACAAGUUGCAGCUGAUGAUGUUGAUACUGGACUAUUUGGAAAGAUUCAAUAUACUGCCAUAUUAGGUUAUUUAAAUACAUCGUUACACCUAGAUCCUAUUUCAGGAUUGAUAACUGUAGCAACAGACAACCACGGCUUUGAUCGUGAGGCAAUGCCAGACUUGCAUUUUUUAGUAGAGGCUAGAGAUAAUGACGGAGUAGGUUUAAGAAUAACAGUGCCAUUAAUUAUUAAGUUGUUAGAUGUUAAUGAUAACCCACCAGAAUUCGACAGGUCUUUGUAUGAAUUUGUAUUAUCUCCUAGUUUAAAUAAUUUUACAUCAACCGCAAUGGUAAAGGCAGUUGAUAAAGACGCUGAACCACCAAAUAAUGUUGUCAGAUACGAAAUAAUUGAUGGGAACAGUAAAGGAAACUUUUUCAUUAAUGAAGAAACAGGUGAACUAUAUAUUCUAGAAACGUUAAAAAGAACUAAGAAACAGAAUGUUAAGAGGCGAAAACGGAAAAUUGAUGAUGAAGAAGAAAGUAAUGUUUUUGUAUUAACGAUAAGGGCAUACGAUCUUGGAGUUCCUAGAUUGUUCUCCUCGACUUCCGUUAAAAUUUAUCCACCUGAAAGCAGGACUAGAACAAUGUCCUUUAUUAUACCUGGGGCUAAUCCAGACAGACAAAAGUUAGAAGAAGUACUCAGUACCCUUUCAGGCGGUAAAGUAAAUAUCAUUGAAAUAAAAAAAUACAAAGGAAACGAUAAUAGCCCUACAGAUAUAAAUGGACAAGUAUCUAGUCAAGAAAAAAGCGAAGUCAUUGCUGUUGUGAGAAUGUCGGGAAAUACGGCUAUCAAUGUUGCGAAAUUACAGGAACAAUUAGCAAAAAACAUGACAAUCUACAAUACUGGAUACGGAUCCAAAGAUACAAUAUCUUCUUCAGACAGUGAUUCGGGACUCUACAAGGCGGAUAGUCGCUUACUGUUUUGGUUAUUAAUACUCUUGGCAAUUCUGGUAGCGUUGGUGCUACUUCUUCUUAUAUGUUGUUGUAUUUGUGAAGGGUGUCCAUUAUACAUGCCACCUAGGAAAAGAGUGAUACGUGUCAACUCCACAGAGGACGACGUGCAUUUAGUGGUGCGCGACAAGGGACUUGGGAGGGAAAACAAGUCAACGCAAAAUAUAGAAAAUAAGUCAAUACAAGCAACAGAUUGGCGGAGCCGGGAAGCGUGGAGUGCUGAGCAAGCAGAUUUGAGGACUAAACCGACUCAAUGGAAAUUUAAUAAAAGAAACUAUUGUUCAAAGGAACCAUCAAAACCCGCAUCGACACCUGGUAAUAUGAAGCACGAGUUUGUACAAACUGCGGAAGAUAACGAUUACAAAUAUGAUGACACUAGACAAUCCUUUCGGGCAAGGGAUGGUCCAAAUAUUAUUUAUACAAAAGAAAUGCAGUUACAACAAACUUUUGCUAAUAAACAUAAAGAAUAUAUUGAAGAUUUAGAAAAUGGUUACGAUAGAAUUGCAACACUUCAUUACCAGAGACAAGAACAUGAUGGUGAUUCAAUUGGAAGACAUGAAAUAGACCGUGGUUCUGAGACUGGCGUUUUUCUUAAAUCUGAUGUUAAUAAAAGUACUGUUAAAGGUGACGAAAAUAAAAUAGAAUUUGAAAAAAAUAAUACACACGCUUCAUCUCCCCAUGGCAGAGAUCAGCUCUUUAUUAAAGAAGGAAAUACUGAAAUUUUAAGACUAGUUACGCGCGGAAAAAAUGAAGAAGAGCGUUAUGUUAAUCUUCCUGCACAAAGACCUGUUACCUUAAUUCCUAAAACGCAGUACGUUGUAGUCGAUAAUGGUAAAGAGCUUUUAAUGGAAAGGUUUAUUAGGGAACAAGGUGAGGAAGCUAAACAAAUGAGGGAAAACAUGAAUAGAAUUGUAGCUGACUUUGAUAACUACUCUAAUGAUAGAAAACCACAAGUUAUAAACGAUCAAAUUGAAUCUCAUGACUUCGCAAAUAUUCAUCCUGAUGUACCAGGUACCGUACCACUAAAAACAGAUUAUUUACAAUCAGCCUUAUUGCAAAUGCAAAAUAAAUCUUCAAUUCAUCAAGAACUGUUAGAAUCAUCGCUUAGAAAACAGAAUGAGUUAUUGCACCAAAUACUUAUAGAACGAGAAAGACUUCUACAAAAUCAAGAAACAGCAUCUCAAGUUGAAAGCAAGUUAGAAACACAAAGCUUACCUGGGCAUUCAGUGAUUGCUACUCAAACUGAAUGUCACAUUGGAACUCAAACGGAACCUCAAUUACUGACACCUAUUAGACGAAAAGCAAGAAGUGACAACGACUCAUAUAGUGAAGACGAAUCUCAUACGGUUAUAGAAGACGAAAAAAAGCAAGUGGUGUGGUUAAAAAGAAAGAAACCAAAAAAGAAAAUCAAAUAUAAGGAUCCUCGACGUAGUAUAAGGGUUUACGAACUAAAAAGAAAAAUCAAAACACCCAUAAUCGAAGAAAAUGAAGCUUCGCCUUCUUUAGAAAGUGAAAAACAUGUGAAAAUUAGUAAAAUGAACGAGAGAGAAGAACAUUUUGAAAAGUACGGUGAUAAAACUAAACGAACUAUUACAACAUCUAAAAAUGAAACAAUAUCUUCCACAAGAGUUAAACCAACAGAAGAUGAUAAAAAAACUAGACUUAGGAAAGAUAUAUUAAUGGAAAUAUCAGAUUCUUUUGAUGAAAAAAAUGAUUCUGAACGUGAGCGUAUGAUACAUUUACAAAGAAAAUCGAUAAUAUAUCCUGAACCAAAAAGUAAUCAAUCUCUUGCCCUUUCAUAUGACAGUAAUCAAGAUACUCAAAGUCAAACAAGCUCUGCGACUAAAGAUAAUCGUAAAAUAAUAUUAUCUAGACAAAACUCAAAUGAAGCUGGUGAAAUUGUAGAUGAAUUAUCGUCGCCUGUAAAUAAUAACGAGCAUAAAAUUGAAUCACACAUUAAAAACACAGAACACGCAAAUGAUGCACAUAAAUCAAUUGAAGGUCCGAAGACGUCACAAAAAAGUUUACCCCGAUACAUGCAAUGGUAUGGGAAAAAAUCAAAUCUGAAAACUCAAAGCACAGAAAAAAUUGCUCCAGAUAAACCUAAAAGACCCUCUAAAACAAAAAAUGAUAAUGAUAAGCCCAUGGAUAAAGAAAAGUCAAAUAGGUAUGGAAAAAUAACCAGCAAAAACAAUCAAAAUGACAGUACAGAGCCAAAAAAAAAUUUCAAAGAAAAAGAAAAUGAAUUCAUACACCCACGAAUAUUAAAGGAAGAAAAAGUUACGCCAGUGCCAGAAGGACCGCUUCCUGAUAUUCAUCCUUUAUUACAGCAUUCUGAACAUAGAUAUGAGCACCAGUACGAAAAUCAAAAUCCACUUUGCUACAUCCAACCAACUCACAUUCCAAAGUACUUUGGAACACAAACCGAUCUUCCAAUACUACCCCGCAGGCCAUCACUUGAACAGCAACCUAUAUACGUCAAUCAGGAUGACAUCAAAAGUAAAGAUAAAAUACCAGAAAUAUCGGAAAGUGCACUUACACACAGUAUCUCCAUAUCUGCUAAAUACGAUGAUGCCAGAAAAGCAUCUGAAGUUCAUGUUUCAAAAAUAAAUAUAGGAGGUAACGAUGGGUCAGAGUCAAAUCAAAGAAAUACAUCAAAAGUUGAUGAUAAUGAUUCUGGUAUCGCUAUGAAUACCUUAAUUCAGCAAUCUGGCAAUAUUAAAAGGCUGCCAAUAACCGAAAAAAAGAGUGUUUUUACUAUAGCCUAUGACGAUGUACAAACAAAACAGUUGCGACCGGAUAGUAGUUCUACUUCAUAA